UGUUGACCAUGGGGUGUGACCCUUCUGAGAUUUACCGACCAGAUCAGGAGGUUGAGAGUGGGAAGUCAAAGGAGGACUACAGGAAUUUCAAGGAGGGGCCGCUGACGGAACGAGUAUACAACACAUACCUGCUCAUGCAUACCAACCAGACAGUGGAAUUUGUACGGAAGAAGAAUGAGGAGUACGGGGGCUGCAGCCUCCGUCGGAUGACCAUCAUGGAGGCCUUGGACCUGCUGGGCAAUGUGGUAGAUGAGUCAGACCCGGAUGUUGAUUUCCCCAACUCCUGUCAUGCCUACCAGACAGCAGAGGGCAUCCGGAAGGUGCACCCUGACAAAGAUUGGUUCCACCUGGUUGGACUUCUUCACGACAUGGGAAAGGUCUUGGCCCUUGCUGGUGAGCCACAAUGGGCCGUGGUGGGGGACACCUUUCCGGUGGGCUGCAAGGUCCAGGACUCUGUUGUCUUCAGGGACUCCACUUUCCACGACAACCCCGACAUGAAGGACCCCUUGUACAACACUAAGUAUGGGAUCUACCAGCCUCACUGUGGCCUGGAGAAGAUCCUGAUGUCCUGGGGCCAUGAUGAAUACAUGUACAAAGUGAUGAAGCACAACAAAUUUGCCCUCCCUCGGGAGGCUUUCUACAUGAUCCGCUUCCACUCCUUCUACCCCUGGCACACGGGAGGAGAUUACAUGCACCUCUGCAGUGACGAGGAUCUCCAGAUGCUGCCCUGGGUGAAAGAAUUCAACAAGUUUGACCUUUACACCAAGUGUGAAGAGCUGCCUGAUCCACAGGAGCUGAAGCCCUACUACCAAGGCCUUGUGGAAAAGUAUUGCCCAGGCCAGCUAUCCUGGUGAUCCUCCAAAUGGGCAUCACUUCCUCCUCACUGGCCUGGCCUCUUUGCUGAGGUUUCCAGCCUCACCUGCAAAACUGUGGAUGUGUCAAUCUCUUGGGUGGCUUCACUCCCUCAUGCCAAGUUUUCUGCAUGGCUUUUAAAAGCGGGUGAAGUGCAUUCAAAAUGACU